CGAGAAAGCAACAGCCCCUCCUCCCCCCUCUCUCCCCGCCGCGCGAUACCUCGCUUCUUCUAGAAGCUUCCGCUGCGGGCGACGCUUCAGCUUCCCCGCGCGGGGAGCGGAGGACUGGUGGUUUCUGCUGCUGGGCAGGAGCUAGUGGCGGUAGGUAGUGGCUGGCCGGGUAGUGCGUCGGAUGCCCACCGGGACGGCGACGGCCGCGGCCUGCUCUCGCGCCACUCUGAAGCUUCUUCUUCUUCUUCCCCGCGGCUGGUGGUUAAAGCAGACGACGGGGAGGUGAGGAGGUCUCAACGCCGCCGCCGCCGCCGCCGGAGGUGACCGACUGCAAGCUGCCGCCAUGGACGCCGCCUCCCGCCCCGCGGUCGUCAUCGACAACGGCACCGGGUACACGAAGAUGGGGUUCGCCGGGAACGUGGAGCCCUGCUUCAUCACCCCCACCGUCGUCGCCGUCAACGACACCUUCGCCGGCCAGACCAGGGCCACCACCAACAAGGGGAACUGGAUGGCGCAGCACAGCGCUGGCGUCAUGGCCGAUCUCGACUUCUUCAUCGGGGAGGACGCCCUGGCUCGGUCCCGAGCAAGCAGCACCUACAGCCUUAGCUACCCCAUUCACAAUGGCCAGGUUGAGAAUUGGGACACCAUGGAGAGGUUCUGGCAGCAGUGCAUUUUCAAUUACCUCCGGUGUGACCCAGAGGAUCACUAUUUUCUGCUCACGGAGAGCCCCCUGACUCCUCCGGAAACCCGAGAGUACACCGGGGAGAUCAUGUUUGAGACAUUCAAUGUGCCUGGUCUGUACAUAGCGGUCCAGCCCGUUCUUGCCCUUGCAGCAGGGUACACCACCACAAAGUGUGAAAUGACAGGUGUUGUAGUUGAUGUGGGUGAUGGGGCUACCCACAUUGUUCCUGUUGCUGAUGGUUAUGUCAUAGGAAGCAGUAUCAGAUCAAUUCCAAUUACAGGCAAGGAUGUUACCCAGUUUAUUCAGCAACUGUUAAAGGAAAGAGGUGAGCACAUUCCACAGGAAGAGUCCUUUGAUGUAGCAAGGAGAGUGAAAGAAAUGUACUGCUAUACUUGUUCAGAUAUUGUGAAGGAAUUUAAUAAGCAUGACAGGGAGCCCAAUAAGUACAUAAAACACUGGAGUGGCAUCAAACCAAAAACUGGUGCCAAAUACACCUGUGACAUUGGAUAUGAACGCUUCUUAGGGCCCGAGAUCUUCUUCCACCCUGAGAUUUACAAUAAUAACUUCACCACUCCUUUGCAUGUUGUUAUUGACAAGUGCAUCCAAUCAUCCCCAAUUGACACAAGGAGGGCUCUUUAUAAGGUUUGCGUGACCAAAAUGUCAUUUUACGGUUCAAAAUAUCACAGAAAUCCUGAGUUUAUUUUCAAUGGACAGAACAUUGUCUUGUCUGGAGGAUCAACUAUGUUUAAGGAUUUCCACAGGAGACUGCAGCGGGACCUAAAAAAGAUAGUGGAUGCACGGGUCCUUGCAUCUAAUGCCCGACUAGGUGGAGAUGCAAAGGCCCAACCUAUAGAAGUAAAUGUAGUUAGCCAUUCUAUUCAAAGAUAUGCUGUCUGGUUUGGUGGUUCUGUGCUUGCCUCUACCUCUGAAUUCUAUGAGGCUUGCCACACAAAAGCAGAGUAUGAAGAGUAUGGUGCAAGCAUCUGUCGGACGAAUCCUGUUUUCAAAGGGAUGUACUAAACCACGGUGCAAAGCUUCUGCUGGAAUGGCACCCAACCCAACGCGACCCCACCUGCGCUGGCCAACAUGGUAGAACUUGACAUUGGGGACCGAGGGACCAACGUUGCCUCGCUAUAUGAGUUGUACAAAUCUAGCAGGCGAAUAUAUAGAUCCAGGCUUUCGUUUAUACAUUUCCCAUGUUCAUCAGCUUCUGCAUAGGCUAGCAGCAAAAACAAUGUGACCGGACGGCAUGGGCCAAAAUCUGGUUUCAUGCUGCUGUAUAAUCUCGCUCCCCGUUUUUUGUUUGAAGGGUAAUCUCGCUCCUUUGGGGCAACGGUGUAGCAUUAACAUUGUUUUCUGUCGGUGAUUUGGUAUUGCUAAUCUCAUCUCAUGCUUACUAUUGCA